AUGGUUGUUCUGGAUGUUUUGCUUUUGUUUUUCAUUGGAACUGCAAAGAUACAGGCUGAUUUUUCCAAUACUGUUCCUGGAACGACAUACAGUGUUUCAGUUUCUGCAGUUUCUUCUUCAGCCUAUAGUUCAUCUGCAAGUAAAACUGUGACAACAAAUGUGACAAAUCCUGGGCCACCUGUAUUCCUUGCAGGUGAACGAGUGGGUUCUGCUGGGAUUCUGCUGUCAUGGAAUGCACCACUCUAUCCAAAUGGGAGAAUUCUCUCCUAUGUUGUUAAAUAUAAAGAAGUCUGCCCAUGGAUGCAAACAGCUUAUACACAGGUCACAACAAAGCCAGAUAAUCUGGAAGUUCUUCUCACCAGUCUUAAUCCUGGAACAACUUAUGAAAUUAUGGUUGCUGCUGAAAACAGUGCUGGUAUGGGAGUGUUUAGCAAUCCUUUCCUUUUUCAGACUGCAGAAAGUGCUCCAGGUAAGGUAGUGAAUCUCACAGUUGAAGCAUUAAAUUCUUCAGCUAUAAAUCUGAUCUGGUUUCUCCCUCGGCAACCAAAUGGAAAGAUAACUAGUUUCAAGAUUAGUGUGAAACAUGCAAGAAGUGGAAUUGUAGUGAAAGAUGUCUUGGUUAAAGUAGAAGACCUUCUGUCUGGGAGGUUACCAGAAUGUAAUGAUAAGAGUGAAUCUUUUUUGUGGAGUACUACCACUCCUUCAACUACUUCUGGGAAAUCCACAAUUCUUUCACAGACUACAGUGGUAUCAAGUACAGAGGCACCAAAUCAAAUGAGCUCUGUUUGGAGUGAACCAAUCAGCUUUGUUGUAACUAACCUCAGGCCAUACACCACCUAUCUUUUUGAAGUCUCUGCAGUUACCACUGAAGCAGGCUACAUUGACAGUGCAAUUGUCCGGACACCAGAAUCAGUUCCAGAAGAUCCACCACAGAAUUUUGCCAAGAGCAACAUUACAGCAAAGUCUUUCUCAGUAAUGUGGGACCCACCAACCAUUGUAACAGGGAAAUUUAGUUACAGAGUUGAGCUGUAUGGACCAUCUGGUCAUGUUCUGGAUAACAGUACAAAAGACCAUAAGUUUGUGUUUAGUAACCUUGUGCCGUUUACAACAUAUGAUGUGUACGUUGGUGCUGAGACAAGUGCUGGGGUGGGGCCAAAAUCCAGCCUCACAGUUUUCACUCCUGCAGAUGUCCCAGGUUCUGUAUCAGAUCUACAACUAGCAGAAGUGGAAGCCACAUAUAUAAAAAUUAUUUGGAGGAAGCCACAACAACCAAAUGGAAUCAUUACCCAGUACAGAGUUAAAGUACACAUGCAGGAAACACUUGUCACUCUGGAAAACACCAUUCUUGGAGAUAAAAAUAAGGUAUUUUAUAUCAAACCUUCUUCUCCACCUUGGAAUUCAAUGGAAGCAGACAAUGAUUUAUAUGAAGGUUCAGCUGAAAUGUUUUCCAGCAUUCAGACAGCUUCCCCAGUAAUAUUUACAAGUGUAUUUGGUGAUAAUUUGCCUGAUAUAAAUGGAGCUGCAGAACUACAUUCUGCUUUGGGUAAUCAAUAUAACAUUGACAUUUUGGCUGAAGAACUGUCAUAUGUUAUAAAGGGCCUCACACCUUUCACAGAUUACACAAUUAGUGUGUCUGCUUUCACUGAUGUUGGAGAAGGACCACCAUCAGUUCUUACAGUCAGGACACAUGAACAAGUCCCAAGCUCAGUACAAAAUAUAUCUUACAAGAAUAUUAGCUCCUCCUCUGUCUUGCUGUAUUGGGAUCCUCCAGCAAAUCCCAAUGGGAAAAUCUUUCAUUAUACUGUUUAUGCGAUGGAACUGGAUACAAAAAGAACAUUUCACAUAACAACUUCAAACAACAGCUUAAUUAUGACAGGCUUAAAAAAGUAUGCAAAUUAUAAAAUGAGAGUCACAGCCUCUACCGCAGUUGGAGAAAGUGCUUUGUCUGAAGAGAAUGAUGUUUUUGUACGAACCCCUGAGGAUGUUCCUGAUUCUGCACCAGAAAACAUAACCUAUAGAAACAUCUCAUCCACGGAAAUUGUAUUAUCAUUUUUUCCACCAUCCAUCCCCAAUGGAAUCAUACAGACCUACACAAUAUAUCUCACGAGGACUAAUGGGACUAAGCAAAGAGUUAUAAACACUACUCUUCUGACACUAUGUAUUACAGAUUUAAAUAAAUAUACAGAAUAUACUGUAGAAGUGUCUGCUAGUACGACAAUGGGGGAGGGCAUUCGUAGUUCACCUCUGCGUAUACUGACUGAUGAAGAUGCUCCAAGUUCUCCCCCACUAGCCCUCUCUGUAAAACAGUUGUUGGGUGUCACUGUGAAGUUGUCAUGGAAACCUCCGCUGGAGCCAAAUGGAAUUAUCCUCUAUUACACAGUUUACGUCUGGAAUGAAAUGUUAAAGAGGUGUGUAAAUGUAACAGAAACAUCACUGGAAUUCACAGACCUAGAAUUUAACUAUGAGUAUAGUGCUUACCUAACAGCAAGUACAAGAUUUGGAGAUGGCAACAUAAAAAGUGAUAUUAUAACAUUCAGAACUUCUGAAGGAGCACCAAGUGAUCCACCGAAAGAUGUUACAUACAGAAACCUCACUUCCACAUCAAUAAUGCUAUUCUGGUCUCCUCCUCAAAAGCCUAAUGGAAAUAUACUGUACUACUCCGUUUACUUCAAAAACAAUUCAGGAAUAUUCAUACAGAAUUUCACAAAUUAUGGUAAUGACAGCAACGUCAGUGUGUCUCCGUUUAUAGUGCUGGAUGACUUGGCAAAAUACAGCCAUUAUACUUUGUGGAUAACUGCAAGCACGGCAUUUGGAGAUGGAAACAAAACCAGUGAAAAAAUAGAGGUGUAUACAGAUCAGGAUAUCCCAGAAGGUUUUGUUGAAAAUGUGGUCUAUCAAAACAUUUCCUCAUCUUCUGUAAAUGUAAGCUGGCUUCCACCAUCACAGCCAAAUGGCUUAGUCUUCUUUCAUGUUUCUCUAAGUUUAAUGCAACUGGGAACCAGUAAGAUAUUAUCUUUCCUUACUUACAACACAAGCAUAAUUUUUGACGAUCUGGAAAAAUAUACUGAUUACCUUCUGAAAAUCACACCAGCCACUGAUAAAGGAUCUUCUGAACAUCAUGCUCUAAGUCUUCAUAUAAGAACUGAUGAAGAUGUCCCAGAAUCAGCACCUGUAAUCAAAACAUUUUCAAAUCUCUCAACUACCUCAGUUAUGCUUUCAUGGGACCCUCCUGUUAAGCCAAAUGGUAUUAUAAUACUUUAUGAUUUAAAUCUAUUUGGGCCAGAAAUGAAUAACUCAUUCUCUACCACCAAUAAUUUUAUCAUUUUGGAAGACCUUCUGCCAUUCACAUUGUACAGCAUUUAUAUAGCUGCCAGAACAACAAAAGGACCCGGUCCAUCUGCUGUGCUUCAGUUCUACACAGAUGAGUCAGUGCCAUUAGCUCCACCCCAGGAUUUGACCAUUAUCAACUACACCGCAGAUUCUGUGUGGCUGAAAUGGAAUCCAAGUCCCCAGUCAAAUGGUGUUAUUAUGAGAUAUAAUUUUAAGAUUUAUCAAAACAACACUGAAAAGCUAUUUUUUUGGAACAUUUCAGGUUCAAACCAUGAGACAAACCUUGUUGGAUUAGAACCAUACAGCCCCUAUUUGAUCAGUGUCUCUGCAUUUACCAAACUUGGGAAUGGCAAUCAAUUCAGUAAUGCUGUCCAAUUUACAACAAUGGAAUCAGUGCCAGAUGCUGUACAGAACAUUCGUUGUAUUGCAACGAGUUGGCAAUCAAUCCUAGUGCAGUGGGACCCUCCUGCUUCAGCCAAUGGUGUAAUUACACAUUAUGUCAUAGCAGUUGAAGGAAAUUGUACAAAUUUUUCAUCUUAUGAUACACUGCAUACUUUUAGAAAUCUGCUUUCCAAUGUUACUUACCAAAUUAAAAUAAAAGCUGCAACAUCUGCUGGUGAUGGUGAAGAACAGAUAUGCAAUGCCACUACCCUUCCAGAAAAAGUUCCUAGUGCUCCCAGGGAUAUUGUUUUUUCCAAUGUGCAAUCAACAAGUGUGACCUUACAUUGGAGAUCACCAAAAUCUAUCUUUGGCUACUUUCAAAACUACAAGAUUACCACACAGCUACAAUCCAUCCACUGCAAUGACUGGGAAGCUAUGGAAUGUAUUGAAUAUGAGAUGAAUCAGUAUUUAUAUGCAAAUUUCAUGGAUGACUGGAUAGAAGACACAGUGUAUGGACUGAAAAAAUACAGAUGGUACAGAUUUGCCAUUGCUGCCAGUACGAAUAUUGGUUAUGGCAGUUCUUCACCUUGGAUUUCAACUCAAACCCUUCCUGGCUCUCCAGAUGGUCCUCCAGAAAAUGUGACUGUGUUGGCUACAUCUCCUCACAGUAUUAAUGUCAGCUGGAGUGAACCUACCAUCAUUACAGGACCAAUGAGCUACCUCAUAGAUGUCACCUCGGUGGAUAAUGACAACUAUAAAGCUCAGUUUUUGAAGACAAAUGAGGAGGUUAAGGUCUUAGAAAUUUCUUGUUUGAAAGCAUUUACGAGGUAUUCUGUAGUGAUCAUUGUCUUCACGGGGGAUGUUAAUGCUGCACUGCUAGAAGGCAAGGCUAGUUCCCCAGUAAUUGUCUCCACUUUUGAAGCAGUGCCUGAAGACCCGCCUAACAACAUAACUUUUCAGAAGAUACCAGAUGAAGUAACAAAAUUCCAAGUAACAUUUGUGCCACCAUCUGAACCAAACGGAAAUAUUCAAGUGUAUCAAGCUAUGGUUUACAAGGAGGAUGACCCUGCUGCCAUCCAGAUCCACAACCUGAGUGUCAUUGAAAAAAAAGAUCAGUCAGUCACUGCCAUGAUAGAAGGACUAAAAGGCGGACAUACCUAUAAUGUCAGCGUAUAUGCAAUUAAUGGUGCUGGUGCAGGGCCAAAAAUUCAAUUGAAAAUAACCAUGGAUAUUAAAGAACCGCCAAGGCCCAAAAAGAAACCAGCACCAGUUUAUGAUGCCAAUGGAGCAUUACUCGUCACAGCUACAACAAUUACAAUCAGAAUGCCAAUAUGUUAUUACAGUGAUGAUCAUGGCCCUAUCAAGAAGAUACAAGUUCUUGUUGUGGAAGCUGGAGCUCAGCAUGAUGGGAAUGUUACCAAGUGGUAUGAUGCCUACUUCAACAGACCAAGGCCAUAUUUUACAAAUGAAGGCUUUCCAAACCCACCAUGCAUAGAAGGAAAAGAAGAUCUGAGUGGGAAAGAGGAGACAUAUGUCAUAGGUGCUGAUACUACAUGUCUGAUACCAGGCAGUCAAGACAAGAUAUGUAAUGGCCCACUGAGACCAAGAAAGCAGUACCUAUUUAAGUUCAGAGCAACUAACAUUAAAGGACAGUUUACAGAUUCUGACUAUUCCGACCCCAUUGAAACAUUGGGGAAAGGACUGACAGGAAGAUCUGUGGAAGUUGUCCCUGCCGUUACUGUGUGUAUACUUUCAGUUGUUCUUUUGGUGGCUGCAGUAUAUGCUUUUGCGAGAAUUCGGCAAAAGCAAAAGGAGGGAGGCACAUACUCCCCACGAGAUGCUGAAAUUAUUGACACAAAAUUCAAACUGGAUCAGCUGGUCACAGUGGCAGACCUGGAGUUGAAGGAUGAGAGAUUUACACGGUUACUUAGUUAUAGAAAAUCCAUCAAGCCAAUAAGCAAGAAAUCCUUUCUACAACAUGUUGAAGAGCUUUGCACAAACAACAACCUAAAGUUUCAGGAAGAAUUUUCAGAACUUCCCAAGUUUCUUGAAGACCUUGCUUCAACGGAUGCUGAUCUGCCUUGGAACAGGUCUAAGAAUCGUUUCCCAAACAUAAAGCCGUAUAAUAACAACAGAGUAAAGCUGAUGCCUGAUGCUGGUAUUCCUGGAUCUGACUACAUUAAUGCCAGCUAUGUGUCUGGUUAUUUAUGUCCAAACGAGUUUAUUGCAACUCAGGGACCAUUACCAGGAACAGUGGGUGAUUUCUGGAGAAUGGUGUGGGAGACAAGAACUAAAACACUUGUGAUGCUCACACAAUGUUUUGAAAAAGGACGUAUAAGAUGUCAUCAGUACUGGCCAGAAGAUAAUAAACCAGUGACUGUGUUUGGGGAUAUAGUGAUUACUAAAUUGAUGGAAGAUACUCAAAUAGACUGGACCAUCAGAGAUCUAAAAAUUGAAAGGCAUGGAGACUGCAUGAUGGUGCGGCAGUGUAACUUUACUUCUUGGCCAGAACAUGGAGUCCCUGAAACUACUGCACCAAUUAUCCAUUUUGUAAAACUUAUCCGUGCAAGUCGAGUACAUGAUAACACACCAGUGGUGGUUCAUUGCAGUGCUGGUGUUGGAAGAACAGGUGUUUAUAUUGCACUUGACCAUUUAACGCAGCAUGUAAAUGACCAUGAUUUUGUGGAUAUCUAUGGACUUGUAGCUGAGCUAAGAAGUGAAAGAAUGUGUAUGGUACAAAAUCUGGCACAAUAUAUAUUUUUACAUCAAUGCGUAUUGGAUCUGUUGACAGCCAAGGGAAGUAGUCAGCCUUUAUGUUUUGUAAAUUAUUCAGCACUGCAAAAGAUGGACUCCCUGGAUACCAUGGAAGGUGAUGUGGAGCUUGAAUGGGAAGAAACAACAAUGUAAAUACUAGGAGUAAAUAUUACAGAAAAGACGAUUUUGAAAAUCAAUACCAUAUUUUUCUAAGCACAGGGGCCAAAGUGAAUUCCCCUAC